CGAUUCGGCGUGACGUAACACUAAGCGUUGCCAUGCGCGACGAUAUUUACUGGGGUGAAAACAGUUGUUCUCGAACGUGGAGGACAGUACCACGCGCACUACUUGCACUGCUUGUAUUUGUUAGUUCGGCGUAGAAAAUGUCUUACGAAUACUUCGAUACGCUAGAUGGAGAAGCUAAGAGUCGAUAUUUGCAGAAAAUUAAAGCAAUUAAACUCAAAGAAUGCCCGUACCGGCUGCCGGCUGACGUUUGGGUGAAUGCGCCUGCUGACUGGCCUAACGUCGAAUACCCGGAUAUUUAUGAAUAUUUGAUGAAUACACCUGGUGCCUUUUCAAGGAAACAGAUAAAAUCACGGAAGGGGCUAGAUGGUUACAACCAUUUCCAAUCUGGAUGGGUAGAUACUGUCUAUUUACACAAAAUAGACAAGCAUGUAUCUUUAAUGUCUGCCAAUGUAAAGCACUCUCAACGGAUGAACGAGCUGCCAUUGAGGCCAUGGUUUGCAGCCAGUAAUGAUGGAACAAUAAUUUCUGCUCACUGCAAUUGUAUGGCAGGGCUUGGGGAGGCCUGUUCUCACAUUGGUGCUUUAAUGUUUAAAGUUGAGGCUGCUGUACGACUUGGAUACACAACAUCAGCCUGCACUGAUCAGCCAUGUAUUUGGAAUAAUGAUUUCGUAAAAUCUGUUGAGGGGGAGCCUCUGAGGGAUAUUCAGUUUUACAGAAAAAAAGAGCUGAAUAAGCGUCAUGCUUAUCAAUUUGCUGAUGCAUCAGAGCAAGAAAAAGGAACACUUCUUGACCAGCUAUCAAGCUUAGAGCCACAAGAGCAGCCAGUAUGUCUCAGCCUAUUUGCAGGGAAUUCCAGCAUAUUUCAUUUUAAGGAAAAUUUACCAGCAGAACCAAGAAUACCCAGACCACUAAGAGAAUAUUUCUCUGUAGAUGGCAGUGGGGUUGAUGCUAAAAUUGAAGAACUCUCUUCCAUUAAAUUAAAUGAGCAAGACAGAGAUUUUGUUGAAAAAUCUACAAGGGGACAAAGAAAUUCUCUUGCAUGGAGGGAGCUGAGGAUCGGGAGGAUAACUGCUUCAGUUGCACAUGAGGUGCUGCACACCAAUAUGAACAACCCAUCAAAGACUGUUGUCCGCAAGAUAUGUUGUGAACCAAAACCUCUAAAUGUACCCUCAGUGCUCUGGGGUCAAGAUAAUGAAGAUGUGGCCCUGAAGGAUUAUGAAAGGCAACUGAAAGCAUCCCAUAAAAAUGUAAGCAUUGAAAAAUCAGGCUUGAAAUUAGAUGCAGAAUUCCAUUUCCUUGGGGCAUCAGCAGAUGCAGUUGGGUAUUGCGAUUGCCAUGGAAGUUUUUUAAUAGAAGUGAAGUGCCCCUUUAAGCACAAAGACACUGCAACUAUUGAGGAGUGUUGCAAAGAUAAAACAUUUUGCCUUGAUGAUAAUCAGGUUUUGAAGAGCGACCAUAAAUAUAUGACACAGGUGCAAAUGCAGAUGCAUGUGUACAAAGUUCACUAUUGUCAUUUUGUUGUAUGGGGACCAAAUUUUUGUAAGGCAAAUAUAAUUACAUAUGAUUAUAAUUUUUUUCAAAGUGUAAAUCACCUUGUUGAUUUCUAUCACAAAAUCAUUUGUAAGGAGCUUGUGACCAGAUCACUUGAAAACGAAACAGCUUCAAAGAAUCAACAAGAGGUAGCCCCAGUUUACUGCUACUGCCAGAAGCCUUGUGACGAUAUCGAACCAAUGGUAGGAUGUGACAACCCGUCAUGUCAGUAUCAAUGGAUUCAUUUUCAAUGUGCAAGGCCCAAGCUGAAGAGACCACCACGAGGAGCUUGGUAUUGCAAAGAUUGCAAGAAGAAGAAAAGGAGUGAGACAAAGUAGCAUGAAACAUUCAGUUAUAUUUUAUAUUUGUAAAUCUACUUAAUAUCUUUUUCUUUUAAUACAACUCCAGUAGAUAGAUUAAUUAAGGCAGAGCAAACUUUAACAAGCUUAUCAAUAUUAGGUGUUUCAGAUAAUAUUUCAUUUCUAGGAGAUUUAACUAAAGUUAAUGGUAGAGGCCCUUGCAAUAUUUUAAAUCUGUUUUUUAAUUGUCCAAUAACUCUUUCAAUGUGAAUCCUUACACUUGAUAUUCUUCUUGAAGAUUCAACUUCUUCAGCACUAAGUUGUGUUUUGCCUUUUGUGAAUGCUGGUGUAAUUAGCUCAGCACUACAUGCGACAGCAAAGUCAUCCUUAAGAAGAAAUCCUCUGUCAGCAAGUAUUUGAUCACCUGGCAGGUGAUACUUUCUGCUUAUAAAUCCAGAUGAUCGUACAAUUUGGACAUCAGUGGCUCUCCCACCCCAGCCAUCAGACAAAAAGGUUACUGCUCCAAGAGGGCUACAGCUUAUUAAGUACUUAACUGUACUAUGUUUUUUAUAAUUUGAGUAUACCUGAGCACGCUGUUUCAAAUUCUUUGGACGAUCAAUAAAAAUCUCAAAGCAAUCUAUGAUGCUUGUAAGCCUGGGAAAAUUUUGCUUGAAAACUGGAGGCAGAGUUUUUCUAAUAUGAUCUCUGUCUGGCCAACAAACAAGAAACCCAAGCUUUGCAUACAUCAAAUCAAUAAUCUUUUGAAAUGUUGCAUUGACUGUGCUUUGUGAUAUACCAGUCUGAUAACUUAAAUAUUCAAAGGGCAAAUUCAAUCUCAACCGGACCAACACCAUCAAUAUCUGGUUUCUCACUGGCAAAUUCUUGAUUGGUUCCUUUAGUGAUGGGGUUAUAAAAUCACAAAUGAUUUUAAAAACAUUCCACGACAGCCCUGUCAAAUAGGUUGCUGCUUGAUCAUUUCCUUUUAUCACUUCAGGGUUGAAAUUUGUGAGAAAAACCUAAAAAAAAUAAUAUGAAACUGUCAAAAAUAAUAUGCCAUAAAUAAUAAUGUUACCUGAAUAUGAAAUUUCAGAUACAUACACUAAUCAAAUGACCAUUUUGAAUAUAAAUGUGCCACUUCAGAACUCAUAUUUUGAAUGCAACAUCGAUACAAGCUAACUUUUCAACUGUGCAAAGCAUAAAUUCAAUGCUGUAAAAGGUGAUGAUCCACAUUUACUCGCAAUUGCAAUUUGCGCACAAUCGCCUUUCCUGCUGAAUGAAAAUAAAAACUACCCUAACCAUUCCAUGUCAGCAGUCAUAUGCGAGAAUCUGCCAAAAUACUCUCCCAUCACUACUUGUUCGAGUUGAAAAGAUUGGUCCUGCACCAACCUUCAGAAACUAUUAAUUGUCAACAUCCACGUGGAUGAGGUCACAUACCUCAUUGUUCUGUUUAUUAUAUUUAAUAGAGAGUUAUUUAUUAUUAAAUUCAUGCUAAUGUUCGACUUGUACCAAUUCAAUGAUAAUGAUAGUUGCUAAAAUAAGAACAAAAGGGGCUCUCACGCAAAAUGUUGCUAUAAAAAUAUUGAAGAGAUCAGCAAGCUCCUUCUCUCUUGGCAUCGACAGGGGGCUUAGCUCUCCUGCUGGAGCACUAAAGUGCAGACCUGGGUAAAUGUGGCCUUGAUAUGAAAUGUCACAAUUGGCAGCCAGAUGUAAAGUGUCAUCAAAAGAUUUGUGGCAUUAACUUUUGCUAUUAAAUUUUCUCAAAAAAUGAUAAUAUUGUCAUUUGAAAGGGGUUUUAAGUUUGCUCAGUGUUAUUUUUAAUUAACAUUAUUUUGCUUUGUGGCAAUACAAUUAGUAUGUUUUUAGAGGCACAAUAAGUUGCUCUCCAAGGUGCACUUCAGUGCUCCCACUAGAUCAACAUGCUUUGCAGGCAAGACCUGUGUCAUGCAGAGCUGUUUCUGUAGCCUAUUGAUUCUAACUUAUAAAAUUAUCCUUCUUGGUACUUGAAUACCAUCCUUAUUUGGAUCUUUAUCUGAUGUUUCCCUCCAGGCCUCUCCAUAAAUUUUUUUCGAUGUGUGCCGCUGAUUAUACGCCUCAAUGCUAAAUUUUUCAUCCAGGAGUGCAAUUUCUAACUUCUGGUUUAAAUCAUGCGGAAAAGCAGUAAAAUCAGUACUAUUGAUGUUACCAGCUUUCCGUCUGAUUUUUAAACUUUGUCAUAUCAAAGUAUUCUAAAGCUUGUCUUUCAAGUGUUAUAGACACCCAUAAAAGAAACUUCUAUUAUUUUGAUCCCAACAAAAAUUUGUAUUAGACUAUUAACACGUUUUCAAUCUAAAAAUUACUUCUUGUUAUGGUAACAAUGGGGAGGCAGAUUAAGUGGCUUUUUCAUCCCACUCGACCAGCACAGAGAGUUUUCCACAUUUUAACCUGUAUUU